AUGAUAAACAUGCGCUUGCGGUACCUGUCUGUGUACGAAACAGCAGCUCAUUACUACAUUGUUGGUUGCGACGGGUCUCAGAGAGAUUAUUAUUUGCUAAAGCUGGGGCGUAUGGAACCUCACAUACUGGUCAUUGAGGAAUCUGAUCAUGUAUAUAAUACGUCGGACAUCCAAGAGUUAUUAGCAACUAUCACUGAUGGGUCGUCAAUACUGCUGAAAUCGCAACCACAGAAGAAGACAGGGAAUGAUAAGAAGAAAGGACUAACUGAACGUUUUGCCUGUGCUUAUGGACUUCUGGGUGUUUUGGUAACAAAAGCUCGUGUUGUUGCAUCUCUUGGAUAUCACACUAUAUACAAAAUUGAAGAAGUUGCGAUGCUCUAUAUUCCUGCAGAAAGCACAACUUGUAGCUCCGACGAACAGCGUUAUUUAAAAUUAUUCCAGUCAGUUGACUUAACUACCGACUUCUAUUUUUCGUACACGUAUAAUCUAAGUAGAACAUUGCAAGAAAACUGUUGCGGUGUUAGAGAUUGGCCAAACUGUGCAAAUGUUACUGGAAGAGGUGCAUUUUCUUCUUCAGCUGAACGUAAAUUUAUUUGGAAUAGGUUCUUACUGGGACCGCUUCGCUCGAAUGCUGUCAGCGAAAAGUGGUUGAUAGAAAUUGUUCACGGUUAUGUUGGACAACAGAUUGUAGAACUUCCUUGCUCACGAGUUUCCUUGACCUUGGUAGGAAGGAGGUCGUCUGUCUAUGCCGGAACGCGAUACUUGAAGCGAGGAGCCAAUCAAAAAGGAGAUGUGGCAAACGAUGUUGAAACUGAACAAAUUGUAUGGGAUAUGUCUACAUCUCCAGACUUUCGUUACGGUAAAUUUAGCGCCUUUGUACAGCGUAGAGGUUCGGUACCUUUGCUAUGGAGCCAGGAUCCUUCAACUCGUGGUGUGGUUGGGAAACCCUUAAUAUCUAUUGAUAUUAAUGAACCUCAUGCGCAAACUGCAGCAGCCCAUUUCAGAGAGUUGAGGCGGAAGUAUGGAUCACCUCUGAUUGUGAUGAACCUUGUGAAACGGCGGGAGAAACGCAAGCACGAGGCUGUUUUACAUGACCAGUUCUUGAAAGCUGUUAAAUAUCUUAAUCAGUUUCUGCCAGCUUCGGAAAGGAUAUUAUACUUGAGCUUUGAUGUUGCUCGAUGUAAUAAAACGGGAGUUGUUAUGAGCAGAUUGGAAGAAAUAGGUUUACGGGCCGUUUUGCGCCAUGGCUGGUUCCAGACAUUUCCUCCACUUUACUGUCAUAAGGUUCGGCCUAACGUGCUACUUAACGACUAUCGCCCUUCUAAAACUCUUGAUGGUCAUUAUGUCCUUCAGAAGGGUAUCUCACGAACUAACUGUGUCGACUGUCUAGAUAGGACGAACGUUGUUCAGUUCGGCAUUGGAAAGGUUGCUUUGGGUAUGCAGCUGUACUCUAUGGGAUUUAGCGGAGAUCCAGUGUUAUCUUUAUCUAGUGAAGUUAGUAAAAUUUUUGAAGAUAUGAUGGAUGAACACGGUGAUACAUUAGCUUUACAGUAUGCUGGGUCACAGCUUGUCCACUCUAUUAAGACGUAUAAAAAGACUGCAGCAUUCCAGGAACGCAGUCGCGAUGUUAUCCAGACGUUGUCUCGCUAUUAUAGCAAUACAUUUGGGGACUAUGACAAACUGAAUGCAAUUAACUUGUUUUUAGGUGUUUACAGGCCAGGAACAGAGUCUUUGCCGCACCUCUGGGAACUGGGAACAGAUUAUUAUUUACACUUUUCUAGUGAAUACAAAUCUGCUGCGGAUUAUUGUGCUUGGUUCUGUUAUGAUGACCGAGAAGUAGGAGAUGAAUUAGGAGAAAUAUUACGUUGUACGGAUGGAGGUAGUGAUUCAAAUAGCCAUUCUUCUAGGGUACUGAGCUUGUCGUCAGUGGAGGAGGAAUGCUAUAUGCAUUAUCGUUCUUGGGAAGUGACGAAUUUUGAUGACCUGAUACGUGAGCAAAAAGAUAUGCAGAAGUCGGUGACUGUGGAUGGCGUUCAGCAAAGUGUUGCUCAGAGCUAUUCGUUUGCUAAACUCUGGAAAUCGCCAGAUUCUGAGGUGAAAAGUAAGUCUAGCAGUGUGAAAGCAGACCAGGCUUCGUUCGUUGAAGAUGAUGACGAGGAGGAUGAACCUUUUGUGAAAUCGGAUGCUGAAGUGCAUUACGAGUGUGGAUUUAAUGUAUUUUUUCUUCGAAACUUUGUCUUUACGAAACGCUUUGUUGCCUACGACAGGGGGGGACGUCACAGUAGAUUGGGUAUUGGUUUGAAAACAUCAGCAGAAGCAUAUGGGUUUGAAGCAAAAACUUCUAGUGAGAUGGACUUGUCAAAAUAUAGACGUUAUGCAGAGUUUGCUAAAAAUGAAGUUCUUGGUGAGUGUGCCGGCAUUCACAUUCGCUUUGGACUUGUAUAG